AUGCCAGCUUUCUGGUCCAAACUUUGUAUAUAGUCUCACACAUGCACUGUCUCAGUAUGUCUAUCACACCAUCUAUCUCAAUUCUCAAAUGCAGCAGCUAUAUAUAGCCAUCUAAUCCUCGACAACAAUCUAGAUCGAAUGUGCAUAUAAUUUAUCACUAAACCGUCACUACAUUCAAUGGCAUCCUUCGAGUCCUCCAUGUCUUUUAAAAGCAAUUGCAGCAGCUCCUUGCCACCUCUCCUCGCCGCCGCCAACUACACCACCAUACCCUCGCCGCUCAGUGAGCUCACUCAGCUACACAACGAGAACACUCUUCUCAACAAUCCCUCCGAGCUAUCCUCCUGGGUCGACUCAUUACUCACCGAGUUCAACCAGCCCACUUCGAUAAAUAACAUCACGGCGUGGAACGAUUACAAUACGACAUCCUAUUGUAAUAUUCGGCAAAUAAUUGAAGAAGAUUCCAGCAUUCGGCUGGUCCAUGUUUUGAUGUCAUGUGCCGACUCAGUCCAACGUGGGACCCUCUCAGUGGCUAGCGCGCUUCUCGAGGAGUUACAGGUUUUGUUGUCACGUGUUAAUAGUGAGUUCGGGUUCGGUAAAGUGGCGGCCUACUUCAUCGACGCGCUGAGCCGCCGAGUCUUCAAGCCGCUCGAACGAAGCCUCGGCUCGGCGUUCGAAAACGAGGUUUUGUACCACCAUUUUUACGAAGCGUGCCCAUAUCUAAAAUUCGCUCACUUCACUUCGAAUCAAGCCAUUUUGGAAGCUUUUGAUGGUCAGGCUUGUGUCCACGUCAUAGAUUUUAAUUUGAUGCAAGGCCUGCAAUGGCCUGCUUUGAUCCAAGCUCUAGCUCUGAGGCCCAACGGGCCUCCUACGCUUCGAAUAACCGGUAUCGGCCCGGUUUCACUUGACGGUCAUGAUCCGCUCCGUGAAACCGGGCUCAGGUUAGCCCAACUGGCUCGGUCCGUAAAUGUUCGAUUCGCAUUUCGUGGAGUAGCAGCCUCGAAUAUCGAUGAUGUCAAGUUAUGGAUGUUACAAGUUGAUCCGAAAGAGGCUGUGGCAGUGAAUUGUAUAAUGCAACUUCACAAGUUACUUGACGAUCCGAGCCGAAUCGACAGUGUGCUUAAAUUGAUUCAUAGUUUGGACCCGAAAAUUGUGACUCUAGUAGAGCAAGACACGAACCACAACCAACCUGAUUUUUCGGACAAGUUCAGGGAAGCAUUGGACUAUUACUCGACGAUGUUCGACUCGUUGGAGGCCUGCAAGGGGCCUCAGAAAUGGUUGGCUGAAAUUUACAUCCAGAGGGAAAUAUGUAGUGUGGUCUGUUGUGCCGAGAUGCAUGAACCAUUAGCUCAGUGGAGAGAAAGGAUGAGUAGGAAUGGGUUCACAUCGGUCUGCCUAGGUGCCAAUGCAUAUAAGCAAGCAAACAUGUUGUUAACGGUUUUUUCGGCCCAGGGUGGUUACAGGGUGGAUGAGAGUGAAGGGUGUCUGAAAUUAGGCUGGCAUAACCGUCCUCUCAUUGCGGCCUCGGCUUGGCGCCCGAAUCCUCGUCUGUAGAUUUUGUAUUAGGCUUUUUAGUUUCGGUAGUUUCUUUUAGCUUGUGUCUCAAUUUACCAGAACUGUUUUCUUGGAUUAUGGCACUAAAAUUAGUAUUUAUGUAAUGCAUCUGAAGAUAUGUACCCAAUUUAUGUAUAAAAUGCAGUGAAAUAUAUUCAUGAUGAUCCCUAAGUUGCCAGUA